ACACUAGAUGGCAGAGUUGAGUCACAGCAUGUUAAUCAUUGUGAGGCUACCUGCUGGCUCAUGUUAAUGUGUUUCAGGGCGGAGAGAAGUUCUCACUUUUUUUUCUUCUUUUUUUUUUUUCCUAAUCAGGAGGAGCCUGAAGACACGCCGGCAUGUACCAAGGUGGAGGUUGAAACCAGAAAGGACAGUGUGGAGUAAAUCCUCUCUUGCAGCAGCCCCUCGGUGAUGCUUCGCCGACAAAUCGUCAAACCCUGAUCAUCGAUCACCAGCACGCUGAUCAGCCGCAGAGAAACCAGACGAGUGUGCACCUCCUGUCUGUGCUCCAGGAAGAAGGUGUAAAAAUGUCGAAGAGAAGAGACCAGACAAAGUCCAUUCUUCUGUCCCUUUUAUUGUUGUGCUGUAUGUUUGUUGGAGCGGAGUAUUCCAGCUGUGGAGAGUAUGAGUUCUUCAACCAGACCAGUAACAGCUGCCAGGCAUGCCCGCAGUGCCAACCAGGACAGGAGCCACACAUGACAUGCGGUUAUGGCGUGAAGGAUGAGGACUUUGCGUGCAUCCCGUGCCCACAGGGGAAAUAUUCCAAAGGGAAGUACGAGAUCUGUAGACGCCAUAAAGACUGCGACGCCCUCUACCGGGCCACAGUGCUUGUACCUGGAACGCCUGACAGUGACGCAGAAUGUGGACCUUGUUUACCAGGGUACUACUUGCUGGAGAACCGACCCAGAAACCUGUAUGGGAUGGUUUGCCACUCCUGCCAAAAUGCACCACGCAAUACAAAAGAAUGCAUGAAGACCAAUGUGGUGGCACCAGGAAAACCUCCAAGUGGCCCCAGUAGCACCACUAUAUUCCCUCAUCUACAUAAAGAUGCAACAGGACAAGGUCACCUAGCAACGGCUCUCAUUAUCGCCAUGUCAACCAUCUUUAUCAUGGCAAUCGCCAUUGUCCUCAUCAUCAUGUUUUACAUCCUUAAGGCCAAACCGAGCGGCCAGGCCUGCUGUUCUGGACAAGUGGUGAAGGCUGUGGAGGCUCAGACCAAUAAACAGGAGGAGAAGAAAGACGUCCCUGACAAUGUGGUGAUCUACUCAGAAAAAGACGAGUUUGACAAACUAAAAGCUCCUCCACAGAAGAUGGUAAAAAGUGAAAACGAUGCAUCAUCGGAGAACGAGCAGCUGUUGAGCCGAAGCAUUGACAGCGACGAGGAGGCGUCUUCAGAGAAGCAGGGAUCAGCUGGAAAUAAUAACCACAAGCCCAACCCAUGCCUUGUCAACCUGGACAACAAACCUGACCUAUGCCUGCUGUCUCUGGGCCUCCUAGACCACGAUCGCACCUGCAACGCGACUCCCGUCACCUCAGCUAGUAACCUGCCAAGUCCCAAUCACAUCACGAGCACUAACCACAUCAACAGCAUGAAUGGAAUCAAUAACAAUAAAACCCCAGGGUUGCUGCAGAGUCGAAGGAAAAAGAUCCUAGAUCUGUACACCAGAACCUGCAAUGUGACAGAAGGCCUCAGCCCCACUGAGCUCCCCUUUGACUGUCUGGAGAAAGCCAGCCGCAUGCUCAGCUCCUCCUACAGCAGCGAGGCAGCUGUGGUGAAAACAUGGAGGCACCUGGCUGAAAGCUUCGGCUUGAAACGCGACGAGAUCGGCGGCAUGAGCGACGGGCUGCAGCUCUUUGAGCGGGUCAGCACGGCGGGCUACAGCAUCCCCGACCUCCUCACCCGCCUGGUGCAGAUCGAGAGGCUGGACGCAGUGGAAUCCCUCUGCUCAGAUGUGCUGGGCAGCAGCGAGGUGGCAGCAGCUGGACGGCAGGGUAUCAACAGCUUUCACAGCCAGUUGGUGUGUUCAUCCCCGUGUCCAUCUCCAUCUCAACGCUGCGCCAGUGUCUAAGUGUGGUGCAGACCUGACGUGAAUAUGAACGGACAGACGAGGCGCUGCCACGGCACAUAUGUAUAUAAAGACACAGUAACAGUAUCACAUGAAGAAUGACAGUGGAGUUCCCCUUCCCCUGAUAACGUGUGGCCUUUCACUGUGUACACGUUUGUCACCCGGACAUAACUUUAAUGAUUUCAUUUCAACAAA